AUGCUGGACCAGAUUUUCCUGCCAAUAGCUCUUCCUUUCGCCCUCUAUUACCCGAACACGACGCAAAUCAACGAUCCAGAUUCGUUCAUUUCUCAAACAUUGCAGCAACUGACCCGAUCGCUAUCCGUGAUUUUGACCCGGUUCUAUCCGCUGGCAGAGAGAGCUAGCAAAGAGGGCGAAUUCAUCGACUGCAAUGACGACGGUGUUCCCUUCACCGUCGCCCGAUUCAAAGGCCAUGAGCUUUCAGAGCAUUUGGCGGAUCCCCGCCCCGAUCUCCUGCUGUCGUGCGAUACCGAUUGGGGCACUGACCCCGACCCUAAUUCCGUCGUCGCGCUGAUACAAGUCAACUGCAGCGACGUCGCGAUCGGGGUGGCUUUUUGGCACAAGGUGGUCGAUGCGUCAACAGUGUCGGCGAUUCUUCGGUCGUGGGGUGCGGUGGCGCGUGGGGGUAAGGAGCCGGUUGAUAGAAGUAUUUCACACAAUGACUGUAAUAUCUAUAAUGAUAAUCCAAGAAUAUUUAGACCAAAAUCACUAACUUGUAGUCAUAGUUGA